AUGUCGUCGUUCGUCACAGAUUGGGCCCAGUCCAGUCUCUCCGAAGCCCUGAAGGACAAUGUCGUGGACAAAGCAAUAAACAACGCGGUGGUCAGGGAGGCCGCAGCACUUGGAAAACUCCUGACCGACUUCAAGGAGCUCAAGAAGAUCCUGAACGGGGAGCAGAAGUACAAGCUGCGGCGUCUCCUCAACCACUUCCUCUCGCCCAGCGUCAGGCCCAAGUUUAUCCGCGAGUUCCCGAAGCAGACGGUUGAUAAGGACCUCAUCCACGGGUUGCCGGCGUCGCAGGAGGUCCAGACACCCUUCCGCAUGAUCGACAUCGACACCAAGAACAUGGUCGAUGCCUUUCCGCUGGGCCCAGACGACCAGUACUGUAUCAUCUCGCAUAGCUGGAAGGGCAGCGAAAUCGACUACCAGUACUUUAUGAAGGCCAAAGCGCUCGACCCUGAGCACCUCACCGCAGGCGAAAAUGUCGACCAUAACGAUAUCGACUUGGUCGUCGCACUGUGCGACAAGGAUCUCCGCGAGGCGGAGGGGAAGGUCCUUGCGUUCCUCUCUGAUUUUCAGGUAGACUCCAUCGAGGAGCUGCUCAGGCAGUUCUUGAAGGUCAAAGCCGUUCAGUGGGAUCUCGCAAGCGCAGAAGCAGGCGUCAGGCGCGCCACUGCGCAUCGGAAGAAGGUCGAGCGGGAAGCGAAAUACUAUACGGACCUAGUGGAGGACUUCCAGAAUACGGGGGAUGUGGAAAAAAUCUCCGACACGGCCAUCGGAAAGGCAAAAAAGGAAGAGAAACUUGUCCACACCAGAGAGAGGCAAUGCAGAGAAGCCAGGUCUGACCAGGAUGACUGGAUCAAACGCUUUGAUCAGCGGCGACGGGAGUCCUAUAUCAUUGAGGACCUGUUGUGCGCUCUGCAAAGGAACAAGUCUCUGCGGAAGAUCCUCAACUCUAUCAAGCACACGAAGGAGCUGUUCGAAUCUAGACCGUUUCCUCGCAAAGGCAAGAAAUACGUAUGGCUCGACACGUGUUGCAUUAACAAGGCGAACGUCAACGAAUAUACGGUGUCAAUGCCCUUGAUGGGAGACUGGUACACCAACGCCGACCUCUGUCUGGUGCAUCUUGAUACCAAGCGGUCCGACGAAGAAUGGGUGAAUGAAUGGAAGUACUGGAAAGAGGAGCAACAGACGUUCCUGGAGCGAAACGUUGAGCAGUACGAUGAUAUCACCAAGGUCUACAGUACGAAGACGGACGAACACGGUGAGAUUGUCAAGAACAAGGUCGAAUGGGCCACUCGUGGUUGGACGUUGCAAGAACUGGUCCUCAGUAAGACGACCUUCUACGUCAAUUCUCUGUUUGAGCCACUGGACCGGGACAUCGACCGAAUCGGGCCUUAUUACCACUUCUGUCGGUUCAUCCGACCUUAUUAUAAACACUCGACAUGCGCUGAGAUCAAUAAGGAUGUGUUGAAAAAGAAUCUGAGCGAGCUUCGUCAAGGGAACAAGGAUCACACCUCUCGAGUCCAAAAUGCUAGUAGAAUCAUCCACCUGCUGGAGGAGAUCGGAUUCACAGCUCCCAAGCACAUUGUGGACUUGACUGCAAAAGCUUUGAUCGAGGAUGCAGUCGCCACUGCGGCUGAGGCUACAGCGGCCGACGACGAAAGCUCCUCUCUAGCGAAGCGAGAUGAGGAUCAAAAGUUCCUGGAAACUCUCUGCAAGGGUCUUGUCGACCUUGCUCUACCAAAGGGUCAAGGAAAGAGAAAAGCGGUGCUUGAUCUUUUGUUACGGGCAUUGGCGAUCGAAACAAAACCGGUCGUCCGCAAAGACCGAGACUACAUCUCUGAUUUCGGCCAAGUCGACACCCUAGGAGGCUGGAAGAAGGAUAUCAGCCCCGACAAAUUCUCGGCCCACAGUGUCAUCAAGACGGCAUCUGACCGAAACACCACGGUGCCCGUGGACCAGGUGUACUCUCUGAUGGGCAUCCUGGGGGUUCGCUUUCCCGUGUUCUCUGCCGAGGGGGUGCCGAAAGCCCUGGCACGUCUUCUGGACGAAGUCGUCAUCACGUCGAAUGACGUUUCGGUCUUCAACUGGGCAGGCAGGCAUUCGGGCAGUCCUGUUCAGGGGCGGUCGCUGUAUCCGUCGAAUAUUCAAGCCUUCGAAGUGGAUCCGUCGCCCAUGAAUGAAGCAGUGAUGAAUACUAUCCGAAAGGAGCACUUGCAUAAAAGCGAGGUCACUGGACGGGUGAACAAAAUGCUUAUUGGGGCCUUCGACACCGUGAAGCAGCUAGACAAGGAGUGCGAGAUACUCUCGUCCCUGAAAAUCCUUAUUGGAAUUUUGCAGGAAAAGAAAUUCGCAUCGAUCCAGUUACGCCUUGAACAGUUGGAGAAUGUGAUGAGAGAAAUAUCGAAUGCCGUCAAGGAGGAGAUAGAGGAAAGACGGAAGGCGAAGGAGCAACAGGAGAAGAAGAAAAGUGAGGAAGCCAUGAAGGAGCAGGGAAAGCAAGAUGAGGGUGAUCAGCAAGUUAAAGAGGAGGCGAGCAACACUGGGCUCUUCAAGAGGAAGCCGUUUAAGACACCUUCAUUCAAGCUGCCUGACACGGACAUCAAGUUGUCGAAAAUGGCUUCUGCAUUCAGCCGGGGAAGAGACGACGCGCCCUCUCCAUCACAGAAAUCCUCCAUGGACAAGUCUCCAGGGGUUGGGCAGGAGGAAAUCGAAGUCAGCAAAUGGAAAGAGUUAACAGAGAAGCUGGACCGUAUCAUCAAUACCCUCAACGAAGUAUCUCGAGGGAAUGACGCCCCAAGUUCCAUCGCCACAGGAGGGGACGAACAACCCCGGUCCGACAGCCCAAAGGACAUCACAAAAGACAAACCAUCCGAAGUGGAGCAGGAAACAAAGAUGAUUUGCCCUAACCCCAUUGCAGUGACCAGCGCUGGGAUCCGUGGAGUCUUCGAUAUCCAAAGGGUGGUUGUGACCAUGCAAGAUGCUGAUGCCCUCAAGGCCAACGUUGCCAACGCCAUGAGUGGCCAAUACAUUGACGGAUGGUGCACCAUCAGCACGGGCUUUGCUUAUACCUUGGUUGCAUUCUCGUGCGAAAGGGAUGUCCUGAAACAGCAACUAGACAUCGUCCAUCUUGUGAAUCGGGAAAUUUCCGGGGAGGAAGAAUCUCGCAACGGGAAUUCAUCUCAGAAGACCGGGGGAGUCGCUGGCAAUGCAUCCUCAGAAGGGCAAACACUCUGUAGAGAGAAGGCAACCUCUGAGACGACAUCCUCUGAGACGCAGCGUGAUAAUCCCCCAGACAAUAAAGAAGACGAUCCAAGACAUAUCACCCCAGCCCAAAAGAAGCUGGGUCGGAUGCUCAAGUUCGUGCAGGAAUCUGACCUCCAUGCUAUCGCCGGUGAAUGGGUGCUGGCGCGGUUCUCUUCAGUCGAGGGAGCCAAGUGGUUUCUCUGCCGUCUUGAGCUGGGAUCCGGUAAUGACUUCUACGCUCGACGGAUCUCCACAGACGCAUUCACCUUUGUCAAUGCGAUCCCUGAACCAGGCCUGAUCCGCUAUUGGGAUCUCUUCAUGUGGAACAAGAAAGCCCUCGCGUGCUGGAUGUUAUCCUUGACCCUGGACAGCAUGAUGAGCAACAAGUCCGCCAUGGAUACGCUGAAGAAGAUCGACGAUAUCCGGGAGCAGGGAUUCGCGCAGCCGAAGGAGGGUGACGACAAAGCAGCUCAUCCCCACGACCUUACCCCCCAAGAGGUGGGGAUCAUGCUGAAAAACUUCUUCAUGGGAGAGGCCAAAGGACAGUGGGCCGAUCAUCUGGCCGGCAAGAUUGAAGUCGAUGCCAUGGGAAAGAUCCCCGUCCGGAUUCAAGGGGCCAUUGCCGAUUUGGACAAGGGACAGAGUCUGUUGCCAUCGAUGUUCCACUCGGGUCGCGACAUCCAUAUGUUCUGA